AUGUUCCUGUACCUGCUAUUAGGCAUAUUGUCUAUUUAUCAGGCAGCAGACGCCACACCCAGAACCCGCAAUGGCCUGGGAACAAUUGCUUUGGAAGAGGCCUGGCAGUUCCCGGAGUUGGCAUACCUUGCAGAAAACUAUGCACCUCCGGUAGGACAGACGACUGAAGAUCUGUCAAACAACCUUGUGGAUAUCCAGGGUCAUAGGCUUCAACUCAUGGAUGAGUACGGGAUUGACUAUAUGAUUUUGUCAUGGACAAGUCCGGGGCCGCAAGGGUACUCGAAUCAGACUGAGGCCGAGGCUAUGGCGACGAAGGCGAACGAUUACCUUUAUGAACAGAUACAAAACAAUACCGCUCGUUUCGGUGGCUUUGCAGCCUUGAGUAUGCACGACCCCGUUCAAGCAGCAGCGGAGCUCAAUCGGACCGUCACAGAAUAUGGUUUCGUAGGUGCACUGCUGAACGAUUAUCAAGAAUCCGGACCCGACAAUGGCACACUUCUGUUCUACGAUCAACCUGAGUACGACGUAUUCUGGCAAAUGGCCACUGACCUCGAUGUUCCAAUUUAUAUGCACCCCCGUCUCCCUGUUACGCAAGAGAUAGACCUCUUGUGGCAAGGGCGAAAGUGGCUGCUCACAGCGCCCUGGCAAUUCGCGAAUGACCUAUCGAGUCAUGUGCUGGGGAUAGCUACGAACGGUGUUUUCGAUCGCUUCCCAUCCCUUCGCAUGAUCGUCGGGCACAAUGGGGAGCGGAUUCCUUCCGAUUUUUGGCGUGCGGAUCACAUGUUAGAGAGGCAGAAGCUCUUAGGCAUGCCUAUGAACAGCACUAUCGUGGGGUACCUGAAGAAGAACAUCUGGAUCACGACGUCUGGCGAAUUUUACAAUGAUAUUCUGCGAUACCACAUCAACCAACUUGGGGCUGAUCGGAUUCUGUUCAGUGUGGAUUAUCCGUACGAAACAGUCGAAGAAGCUUCGAGGUGGUUUGCCCGGUUCCCUUUCGCCGACGACGAUGAGAAAUAUUUGAUCUCUCGAGGCAACGCCAUAAGCAUCAUGAAGCUCGAUUUACGCUAG